CUCUCGUACUAUUACACACCCUUACCUUAUCAUUAGGAAUUUACCAAAAACUAGCCUUUGGUUCCUGUUCCUUUAAAACACUAGAGAAAGGGAAUUUAUUUAAAUUUAUUUAUUUUCUUGUUUUAUUAUAAUAUAUAGAGCAGGGAAAAGAAAGGAUUUUCUCGAAUACUAAGCAAACGUGUCGGCUUCUAUACUAAGCAACUGAAUACAGGCACUUUGAAGACUGACAAAGCACACAGUAAACCCGAGAAAGGUAUUUUAUACGCGAUUUAAUAAGUUUAAAACCACUUUGGGUUGAUAAAUUUGAGUUAUUAGCAUCAUGUCCGCAAUUGUCAGCAAUUCUUUGAAAAUCCCUUCUAGAUUUCUUCAAACUGGAAUUUUUGGUCUAACAUCUUAUUCAAUUCGGCUACAAAUCCCAUAUUACGGCUUGCAAGAUCUAUGGAACUCUAUUUUGCUUGCUGUUCCCAAAAAGAAAACUUCCUAUUCAAAAAAGCGAAGCCGUUUUCUCGCCGGUAAGGCCCUUAAAGACAAAACCAAUUUAAACCGGUGCCCUGUUUGUCAUUCCUUCAAACUGACCCAUCAUAUGUGUCCUUCUUGUUAUAAGGGUCUUCGUCAGGAAUGGAAAUCUCAAGACCUUUGAGCAUCGUUAGUUUGCUUAUGUUUUCAAUAUACUUUUGACCUCUUCAAUUUUGCAAAAAGAAUCUUUUAUUAGGUGAAAAGCUUGUAAAACUAGCAAGUCGGCAUGAACCCGCAGGUAAAGGAGCUUUGUUCGUUAGCUUGCUUUAUCUUUGUUCCAAUGUUUUGGGAAAGCUUCGUUCAGUAUUUCCAUCACUAUAAAUUAUUUCUACUAAUUUUGAGCGAACAGUUUUUUCUAUGGCUAAUUUUGUGACUAAUUUGUAUUCAAAAUACUUCUUUUGUUCAAGAUCCCUAGUCAAGUAUGUCGAGACUCCCCUCUUAAGAAUAAUAUUGCGUCCAUAGUGUUUCUAUUUCCAAAUUUAUAUACAUAUAUACAUUCUAUUUCUUAUACUCUGAUUAAGACUGUCCCAACUA